GUUUUCCAGCUGAGACAUGAGACUCUUAUCGAAGGCGGUGCAGGCUGCAGUGAGUCAGAGGGGGCGGAGCCAGAGACACUUCUGGGGCUGGCUCAAUGCAGUUUUCAACAAGGUGGACUAUGAGAGGAUCAAGUCUAUCGGUCCAGACCGAGCUGCAGCAGAGUGGCUGCUGAGGUGUGGAGCCAAAGUGAGGUUCCAAGGGUUCGACCGGUGGCACCAGGACUACAACGGACUUCCCACCGGACCCCUGGACCGAUACAAGAUCCAGGCCAUCGACGCGACUGACUCCUGCAUCAUGUACAGAGGCUUUGACCACCUGGAUGGUUUGAAACAUGUGGAGGAAAUGAAGUUCAACAAGUGCAUCUACAUUGAAGACGCGUGUCUGGAGAGGCUGAGCUCGAUAGAGAACCUGCAGGAGAGUGUGAACUCGAUGGAGGUGGUGUCGUGUGGGAACGUGACCGAUAAGGGCGUCAUUGCCCUUCACCAACUCAAGAAUCUGGAGUCUCUGUUUCUCAGCGAUCUGCCGGGAAUCAAAGACAAACAGACGACAGCAGACAGACUGCAGAAGGCUCUCCCACGUCUGGAUCUAACGCUGGACCUGAACUGACAGCUUCUCACUUCGUAGAGCAAGUUAUUGUUGUAAUGAAAAAAAAACAAUGUUGAAGGAGGAGAGUUGAGCUGCAGGGCUUUGAUUGUCCGAGAAGCAGAUCCUUAAGAUCCUGGAAAUGUGAUGCCAGCCUCCAAGGGUUUAGUUAUUGAGACGUUGCUGAUAGUGAACUAAUUUCUAAGCUUCUGUGAACAAAUGAUAAAGAAACAAUCCAAACAAGAAAGAAUGAAAAUAGUUAAAGCACUUUAUGAUAUCGACACCAGUUCUUUGUUUUGAUUGGUUGAACAUUUCUUUACUUUAUUAUAUUCUCAACAUGCGGUUCCACAGGCAGAAACAGUUUUGUGAAAAUUCUGAGGAUUUCAAAUCAUUUCUCUUUAGAUUAAUUUGGCGUUUGUACAAAAUCGGAGGCGAGACGGACGGUGGAAAACCUCCUUAGCACCAAAGCUCCAGAGACAAUGAGGACAAAGUGGUGCUGUUCCUGAUAAAUGACGCCGAGGGGAAGUUGAGGGAAUGUUUAAAAGUGUUUUCACUCCUGAUGUCAAUUAAUAUUUUCAGAAAUGUUCAUUAGUCGUGACCAAAAAAUAGUCUGAGUCCUACAUUAUUUAACUUAUUCAAAGACAACAUAAAAGUCAACUAACAAAAACUCUCACAAGUUACAUUAUAUAAUAAAAAAACAAUCAUUUGGCAAACCAGGCAAGGCAGUACGUGGUAGUUUUACCUCCAGUCUCCUCAGCGACUACAAGCAGAGCGGCCGUCGCUCAUCGUCUUCACACGUCUACACAAAGUACAAAUCGACUUGAUAUGUAGACAACAUACAAAAAACCAGCAUGUGUGACUCCACGCGCUGGGAAUAGUGCAUAGACCGACAUCACCUCAUGUGGAAAAACAAACUGUAGAAAGUUGUGGGAUCCUCUCGAAUGCUCUCGUAGCUUCCUCUCCUGAGUGUUUUAUUAGGAAACAGCAGGUCGAUGGUGAGGAUUUGAAUUCCGAUCCGUGGGUUUAGAUGUUGGGGAGGUGGUAGUUGAACCUGCGCAGGUUGUUGUAGUACUUCUUGUUGUCCAGAGCCGGGAAGAUGCUGCUGCCGGUCAGCUGCGGCAAAUACUGGAGGGAGGAAAGAGAACAAACAUAUAUAAAGCUAAUUAUAUUUAUGAGGCAAAUUAUUUCAACCUGGAUGAAAGUUCUGUUAUCGAGGUUCCCUCUGGUAGUGAAAUGUGAACGUAUAUGUCACCGAACUUUGUUUUAUAGUCAGUUUCCCAGGGGUUUGGUUUAUUCUACAUAAUCAUAAUACUACAACUAUUACUAUUAAUAAUAGAAGAAGAAAACCGCAGAUUAGACACUGAUAUAUUUCCUUGAUUCAUCAGAUAUAAUGUUUUGAAAAAUGUGAUGUUCUCGUCUGGAUUACAAUCAUUUCAAGUUAUAGAAUGAACACAAAGAUGAAUGACAUGACAGAUCCCCAAAAGGUUCCCCCUGGUGGCUGGCUGCAGUAUAGGUCGUAAACCCUGUAUCCUCCAUGUUAGUGGAAAGGACAUAAUCAAUAAAUGAUCUGUCAAUAAAGUUAAGUUUCAUUCAA